UGAAAUCCUUGUCUCUACGCAGUAUCUUCCUAAACUCACCUUCUUCGUAUUUGAAUAUCCAAGUUCAACAGAAAUGUAUAUCAAAGGACCUCACGCCGAAACCGAGCUUCCGGUGCUCAGGAAGCUAAUUCGAGAGAACCCAUUGGGUCUUCUGACUACCGCCAUUCCAUCCCCAAACUUCCCCUUUCUUCAGUCCAGCCAUAUCCCUUUCGUUCUAGAUAUCGAAGAUGAGACAAGCCAGACGGAGUUGGGAAAGCUACGAGGUCACCUCGCCAGAGUCAACCCUCAGAGCAAAGCCAUGAUCGAGAACCUCACCGAAAACCCACACUUGAAUAAUGUAAUCGAGCAAGACGUUAUUGUUAUUUUCAACUCCCCUAUUCAACACUACGUCACACCAAAGUUCUACACAGAAACCAAGCCUACAACUGGAAAAGUCGUUCCAACAUGGAACUACGCGGCAGCACAAGUCUACGGCCGGGCCAAGAUCUUUUACGAUACCAAGACCGACGAGGCUGGACGAUUUCUUUCAAAACAGAUUUCGGACCUCAGCCGCCAUGCCGAGACUAAUGUUAUGGGCUUUACUGGCGGUGACAACCCUGUGGACUGGAAGGUUUCUGAUGCUCCUGAUCGAUUCAUUGAGCUUCUGAAGAAGAGCAUCAUCGGAAUCGAGAUUGAAAUUACGCACAUGGGAGGAAAGUUCAAGAUGAGCCAAGAGAUGGGCAUGGGUGAUCGAGAAGGUGUCAUCAAAGGCUUUUCUAGGCUUGAAUCUGAGACUGCGAAGGAGAUGUCGAAGCUGGUUCAGACUCGAAGUGGUUUGAAGGAGGCGAAAAAGGCAAGCGUGUAAAUUAGGCAUCUGGAGAAUAGUACUGUUGUCCCAGAAGUGCUGGUGGGCCAAGAAACUGAAGUAAGAAGUCAUUAAUGUUGUAUGCAUUGCUUAGAUCAAAUUACUCGGUGACCUGCAGAGCGAACCAUAAGGGAUUGUACUUCAUAAAAG